AUGAAUGCACUUGGCCUAGCUCUCAGUGUAGGGCUGCUACUGAACGCGGUCCAGGCGCGGUUCAUAUCGGACAACAUCUGUCUGGCGAUGCCGAACGGUCAAAAGCUGCCAAUCACCGACGACUGCUCCUCGUACAUUGUGUGUGAGUACAACGUGCAGAAGAUCCAGCGGUGCACCGCCGGCACACUGUUCGAUCCGGUCGCCAUGGUGUGCAAUUGGGCCAGCUUCGUGAAAUGUGGCCAAACGCCAUCACUACCACCGAUCCAUGUUUCACCGCCUGUCAUUCCGACUGCUCCUACUCCGCCCAGUACUGGCACGACACGAGUGCCCUGGGUUCCGGGACCGGUGACGGUCCCACCGAUACAAACCAUACCGACGGCUCCAACGCCUCGGCCAACGAUGGGUCCCACCCCUGGUACACCACCGAAACCGAGCCAACCCGUGUACAUACCGACUGCACCGACGGCUCGACCUACGACGCGCCCUCCGAUAGUGAUGACUACGGUGCCGACGAUCCGUCCAACGACAACAACAACUACUACUACUACAAAGCGCCCAACGUUCAGUACACCCAACAAAAAUCCAUACCCAUACUGUACCGCGGACGAGUUUAGCUUCAUCGGCCAUCCAACGUCCUGCGAAAGCUACUACAUCUGUGCCUACGGCAAGCUGAUUCUGCAUAGCUGCGGUAAUGGCGUCUACUGGAACACGGUCACGAACCAGUGCGAUUUCCCGCAAAACACCGACUGCACGAACCUGCCCAAUCCGGCCGCACCGGAAACAUCGACACCGUCCAUCGAGACGACGACCGUGUCCACGGUGCCAGAUUGCUUGGGAAGUGACAUUUUCCAUCCGAACUAUUCCGAUUGUGGCAAGUACUUCAUCUGCAUCGGUCUGCAUCCGAUUCUGAUGAGCUGCCCCAGCAACUACCUCUGGAACGAUAGACUGUCGCAGUUCACGGCCGCCAUCGUUGGAUGCCUCCUGCUGCUGGUGGCUUCCAGCCACGCUUAUAAUGAAAUUUGUGACGGCGUACCGAACCUCACAUACGUGAGAAGCCCUCAGGCAUGCUAUCUGUACUACGCAUGCAUCGACGGUCAGGCGUACGGAUACACCUGUCCGGAUGAGCUCUGGUUUUCGAUGGAACUGCAGCGCUGCGUACCGCAAGAUGAAUCCGAUUGUGACAUCGAACCGGCACCGGAACUACCGGAAGGUCCACCAAGGCCACCGUCACCGGAAUGUGCGGAUGUCGAGGACUUUACCUACCUGCCCAGUGCCACCUCCUGUCAGUUCUACUAUCAAUGCAUUGACAACUUCGCCUAUCUGCUCUCCUGUCCCCGCGGGUACUGGUUCAGCGUAGAACUGAACCGCUGCGGAACCCGCUAUGAGGUGGAAUGUGAUAUUGAAGGCGAAAGCACGACAACGUCCACUCCACCGACCACCAACGUGUGCUUCGGUCGCCCGAAUUUCUCGAAUGUCCGCGAUCCGGAAUCCUGCCAUCUGUACUUCUACUGCCUCAAUGGUACACCAUUCCCGAUGACCUGCCGGAAUGGGUUCUUCUUCGAUCAGACAUCUGAAGGUUGCAUACCGGAGGAGGAUUCCCAGUGCAUUGAUGCACCACCGCCACCGACCACCGUUCCCACACCCACCAUCUGUGAGGGUGUAGACGAUGGGCAGAGUGUUCUUCAUCCCGGUUUCUGCAAUCAGUACUACGUGUGCGUAGAUGGCACACCGUUCGCUUCCCUAUGCCCCGAUGGACAGUUUUUCGAUCAGGAAUCGGGAGAGUGCGGUAAUCCAAUCGAUGUGUUCUGCCCGAAUGGACCCCAAACCACACCGACACCGGAUGUUUGCAGUGGCGUCGAGGACGGCGAGUACGUCUACAGUCCACAAAGCUGCGAAAGAUAUUACGUGUGUAGCGGUGGUAUCGGGUACCUGUUGUACUGUCCACCGGACCUCUGGUUCGACCAGAGCACCCGCGAAUGCAUCUCUCCCGAGUACGCCAUCUGUACGUCCCAACCAGAGGAUGGCAUCAAUGUGUGCCGUGAUGUAGCCAAUGGCAACUAUAAGCCAAGUCCGACCGAUUGUAGCCGGUUCUAUAUCUGCUUUAACGGUAACUCCUACCCUAGCCAGUGUCUCGGUGGCUUACUAUUCAACCCGGUCACGAUGCUGUGUGAUUUGCCCGAAAAUGUGGAAUGUCUUACGUAG